AUGGAACCAUGGGCACCGAAGAAGCAUUACGAUGAUGCAUAUUCAUAUGUCAUGAAAAACGGUGUUUCGAAAAUAAACGACUUCUUUGAGGAGAAACUGAAGAAUUCUGCGGGAGAAGUAAAGGUAAAGACCGCAAUCGUUGGCACAACUGGAUCCGGAAAAUCUACUUUUAUCAACACGUUACUAAGGUGAGAAAAAAUGGAAGCAUUUUUAUAUUUGUUUUUCAAGGAAAGUUAUUUUAAAAGGUGCUGUUAGUCUUAGCAGACGAAAAUUGAUUGCCGGCUUUUUCCAAGCGAAAUUAAUGGCGAUCGUGUUUCUUGUUGAAACGCUACUACUUGUAAAUAAGUCCAAUAAAGGCAUCGAAUGUGACAAUGUUUAAGUAAAGCAGUUUUCUGCAGCCUCAUCAAAAUCUGUUAGACUAUCUCUAUUUUAAUGUAAGGGAAAUUUCCCAUGUUUACAUGGUCAGUGAAACUUCCACUUAUUUACAGAGGAGUAAACUCCUUUGUUUCACUUUCACCCGGAAGUCUGAAAGAAAACCGAAAGUGGAAGUAGCAUUGCAAAAUUAUAUAAAUUAUUUGUUUUUUGUAUCGUACUUAUUAGAGACUUGAACAAAAUAAUAUAAAUCAAGACAAUUUUGACAUCAAACCGUAAAAAAAUUAAGAAUUUUUGAGUCAAUAAGCUCGGAUCCAAACUGAUGUGAUUAUACAGUACUGUUGUCUCAACCAAUUUCGGAUUUCCGAGAAAACAGACGUAUGAAACCGUGAAAACCGUCGUCUGGUGAAAACAAAGGGAUCUUGUAUAUUUAUGCUCUUCAGAUACGAGUUAUGUUCCAUUUGUCUUGUCUCUUGGUGUUCAUGCAAAUGUUUCCUAAUAUUCUCCAAAGUAACUGAAGUCGAAGUUGGAAUUGGAAAUAUACGCAGUUUUACAAAUAAGGGGAAACACACACUUCCACGACUACUAGGGUUGCUUCGAGGAAACAACCGUUACCUGCUUUACUUCUACAAAGAAACUUCAUUGGGCGCAGUCCAUUUGAAAUAUAUCACGGUCUACUUAUUAAUAAAGGUUUCAAACUUAAGAUCACAUAGAGUGGAAUAUAUCUUUCUAACAUCGCAUAAUUUAAGGAAAAAUUAUAGCUUUGAAAAUCAUGUAAAAUAUUUUGAAAUUGCUAUCUCGGGCAAGUCCGCUCCAUUCGGUUUUAUUCAGUCUUGAAUUUUUGGUUCAAUCUUGACUCAAUCGGUCGCAGUAAUUUCACCAAUAGACCAAUUCAUACUUGGCUGCGAGGCUCAGUUGGGGGAAUAAAACAAAAGAAAUCCUCUUGAGGCUCAGCAAUGAAUAAUACAUUCUUUUGUUUUAUUCCCCUAUGGAACCAAGUAUGAAUUUUAUUAUAACGAAAUUGGUCUAUUUAAUGUCCAUCUUUGUCAAUCCCUCGGACGUGCACGCAAAGUCAUACACCCACCGUAGCACAAGGGAUGGACCCCCCCCCCCCCCCCCUCUUUCCCCACUUUUUUUCCGCUUUUCCCCCAAUGGGAAAGCCGUUUUUUUUUUCCACAAAAUUUUGUUUGUUUCUUUGUGGGUGGCAUCGCGUGGGGCCUUUGGGGUCACCGCCUCGGCCGAAUCCUGGUUUUUUUUUUAAAAUUGAAAAAAAGUGUAAAAACAUCCAAAAAUGCAAAUAUAUACUAAUACUUUCUUUUUUUUUAUUCCCUGAUGAAACCAAGUAUGAAUUUAUUUAAAACGAAAUUGGUCUAUUUAAUGUCCAUCUUUUUCAACCCCCCGGCCGUCCCCCCAAAGCAAAACCCCCCCCUUAGCAAAAGGGGGGGCCCCCCCCCCCCUCAGUUUUUGACCAUUUUUUUGACGAUUUUCCCUCAAGUGGAAAGCCGUUGAUUUUCUCAACAAGAUUUGGUAUGUUUCAUUGGUGGUGGCACUGCUGGCGGCCUGUGAGGUCACCAUCGCGGCCGAAAUCUUGGAUUUUAUCAAGAAUUGGAAAUCAGGUUAAAAACCGUCAAAAUUGACAUGUAAAUAACACAUAAAUAAGUACUUUACAUCAUUUUAUUCAAAAGCUUCACUUUAAUUAUCGCUGAAAAAAGUUUAGAAAACGUGCAUUUUCACAAAAAAUGGCUAGACCACCAGCUACCUAUGACGUCAUAUCUCGUUACCAUAGAAACUUACCAUCACAAAACCUGUCUCAAAAUGUACGCGAGCAAUAAACGAACAGCUACCGAAAACGUCAGGUGCCAAUGUUUAAUCGUCUAGGAAAAAAAAUCAGAAAAACCUCAGAGGGGGUGGCAACAACUCCCCCCUCCCCUCCUGAAACGUCCGAGGGUUAAAUCGUAUUUUUCGUUUCUUAAAGAACUGUCCACUACAAAAUGAUGUUAUUUUACUAAAUAAUAAUAAUAAUAAGCUGAUUUUUAUCUCCAUAUUUGCUCUGCUGCUCAAUGGUUAUUGAAAGUAAAUACAGCAAGGCCGAAGUGUUUCCCAAGUUUCGUUACCCUCUUUCUCUGUUUGUUGGCCGGGGAAAAAUAGGAGGACAAGAAAGAGUCAUAGCCAGACGGGGAAUCUACAAAGCGCGAUGUUGAAACAUGUUAUGAAAAAAUAGCUAAUCAGAAACUGAACGGAGGAAUAGUUUUAUGAACUUCAAUCACUGUAUUCCAUUUUUCAGGCUUGAAGACUCUGCCAAAGGAGCUGCCAAGGUUGGUGUAACUGAGUCUACUCAAGAUUGUCAACGGUAUGAAGACCCAGAUAAUGCUAACAUUGAAUAUUGGGAUUUACCAGGAAUGGGGACCGACAACUUCCCUGCAGAGACAUACUUUCAAGAUGUGAAGUUGAAUGAAUACGACACAUUCGUAAUCUUCAUAGAUACCCGCUUCAGAAAGGACGACCUCGAAUUGGCCCGUGAAAUUACAUCACACCGUAAGAAGUAUUUCUUUGUUCGCGCAAAAAUUGAUCAAGAUGUUAGAAGUGCCAAACGGUCAUGCGGCGAAUCAUUUAAUGAGGCUGAUGUGCUGGCAAAAAUUCGAAGUGAGUGUUCGGAAAAACUGGGUGACCUGCUGAGCAAUGAGGAAAAGAUAUUCCUGAUAAGCUGCCAUGGUUUUGAGAAGUGUCGUGAAAAGUGUGAAGAGCGUGGUGAAAAGUGUGGUGAGAAGUGUGGUGAAAAGUAUCAGUUGGAACCUCUCAUAAAAGCCAACCGAGAUGUGUUGUAUCAAAAUCAACAAGAUGCUAUGAUCCGUUUGCUGGAAAAGGCGUCGAUGGCGGCUCUAGAGGAAAAAGUUAAGGUUCUUGGAGGGGAUAUAUGGAAGACUAGUGCAUGGUCUGGUGUUGCUGCAGUGGUUCCUGUAGUAUCCAUUGGUGUUGACGUCUUGCUUAUUAAGAAAGAAUUUAAGCGUUACAAAACCGAGCUUGGUAUUCCUGAAGAAAAAUCGGAUGAAUUUGAGAACCUAGACCCCACCUCCAAAGCUAAAGUUAGCUUAACAUUAAAACUUCUGACCGAAUUUACUGCCAAAGGCAUCGGUGCCCUAGCAGCCGCUUAUGCCGUAGAAACACAAAUUGAAAAGGUGUUUUCUUUUCUUCCAGCCGGGCUGAUUAUUGCCUGUCCACUGUCAGGUAUUACCACAUAUAAAGUUCUCGACUACAUUUUGAAAGCAAUGGCGGAUACAGCAUUUGCAAUCCUAGUCGGAGUAAUCAAAUCGAAAAAAAAAUAG